CGGCGCCGGCAGUGCUGCCCCGGACCGCGCCACAGACGGACGACGCGACUCGCGGCUAUCAUAGCGCCCUUCGGAUUUCGAAACAGUCGAGUGUCAGUGAUAACUUUGAUACGGAUUCGCCAAUCGCGAGCGUCGACGCUCGUCUUGAUAAGAAGGUAGCUAGUCGAGUGUGGAAUCGAAUAUUUUCAGAGUGCAACACGGGAUUCUGUUUCUAUAAUUACAUUACCCUUGUGUGAGUGAGUGCGAUGAGGCCGAAGGACGAAACGGACGCGAAAGUCCAGACGGGGACUUUCAUCCUGUCGGAAAAGAUCGACGACACCAAAUCGAAGAAAAACGAGAAAGAUUUGAAGAAGGAGAUGAAGCGCUUGGAGAAGGAAAAGCAGGAGCGUGAAAAGCGCGAGAAAAAGGCUCGCGAAAAGGAAAAGGAACGUGAGAAACAAGCUAAGAAAGGCAAGGUGGUGUGCGGCGCGUGCGGCGGCAAGUGCAGCGGGGAAGUGCUGCGCGUGUCAGACAAAUACUUCCACACGGCGUGCUUCACGUGCCGCUCGUGCUCGGCGUCGCUGGCCAAGGGCGGCUUCUUCUGCAAGGACGGCCACUACUACUGCCCACAGGAUUAUCAGCGCGCGUUCGGCACGAGAUGUGCAGCGUGCGGGCAAUACGUGGAAGGCGAGGUUGUGUCUGCGCUCGGGAACACCUACCAUCAGAAAUGCUUCACAUGUGCGAGAUGCAAACGCGCGUUCCCAUCAGGCGAGAAAGUAACGUACACAGGCGCGGAAGUCGUGUGCUCCUCGUGCGUGGCCGCGCCGAUCCAGCGCCAGACGGCGCGCGCCGCCGCGUCGCCGUCGCCCGCGCCGCCGACGCGCGCGCGCGCCGACACGGCGCCGCGCCAGCCGCGCCCGGCCGAGGCGGACCGGCUCGACCGCGGCCAGCAGCGCGCCGACCCCGACCGCGUCGUCGACCAGAAUGGUGAACACGAGAGAUAUGAAUGCGCGGGCUGCGGCCAGGAGUUGUCUGAAGGACAGGCGUUGGUGGCAUUAGACAGACAGUGGCACACGUGGUGCUUCUCUUGCGGCGCGUGCGGCUGCGUGCUGCAGGGAGAGUACAUGGGCCGCGGCGGCACGCCGUACUGCGAGCGCGACUACCAGCGCUUGUUCGGCGUGCGCUGCGCGUACUGCAACCGGUACAUCGCGGGCAAGGUGCUUCAAGCGGGUGAGAACCACCACUUCCACCCCACGUGCGCGCGCUGCUCCAAAUGUGGCGACCCGUUCGGAGACGGCGAGGAAAUGUUCCUGCAGGGCGCAGCAAUCUGGCACCCGCGCUGCGGGCCCGCGCCGCGCGACCCGGCCGACCCCGACCAGCCCGACCACGACCCCGAGCGGGCUUCUUCCGAGCUGCAGUUCUCGCUGCGCUCGCGCACGCCCAGCGUCAACGGCUCCUACUGCAGCCCCUACAGUAGCCUGACCAGGAAGUACGGGUCCCGCGCGAUGUCCCCCGGACUGAUCCUCCGCGAGUACCGUGGCGCGGGCACCCUGUCCCCCGCCCGGAUCACCACCUACAGCUACCUGGCCGGCGAGCCCGGCUACCUGCGCCGGCCGCUGCAGCCAUACGACCGCGCGCCCGCCUCGCCGCACUUCCACCGCCCGCCGUCGAGUGCCAGCACACGAGCCAGCAGUCGCGCCGGCAGCAAGGCGUCCUCGCGGCCCGGCAUGAGGGCGCUGGUGGACUCCAUCCGCAGCGAGACCCCGAGGCCCAAGUCGCCGCACAUGAACAAUGAGGAGCCCAUCGAGCUGUCCCACUACCCCGCGGCGUUCAAGCCCCCGCCCGGCACGCAGCCUAAGAUAGAACGGGACGACUUCCCCGCGCCGCCCUACCCUUACACCGACCCCGAGAGGAGACGGCGCUGGUCCGACACGUACAAAGGCGUCCCGGACAGCGACGAGGAGGAGCCCCGGGUGAACGGCGUCAACGGGCACGCGCCCCACGCCGGCCGGGAGCCGCGCGACCCGCAGCUCCGCCGGGAGCACCAGGAGCUCGCCAAGAUCGACUCCGGCAUCGCGCAGGUAUUCCUGAAAGAAGUUAAAGAGCGGGAAAAGAUUCAACAGUGGAAGAAACAAAAUUUAGAUCCUCGUAAUGCAAGCAGGACGCCGAGCGCGGCGCGCGAGCCGCCGCUGCGGCUGCGCUACUCGUCGCCGGUGGGCGCGUCGCCCUCGCGCCAGCUGGACCACGCGCGCGCCGACGCCGAGCCCUACUACGCGCACACCGAGCACUCGCACAUCCCCAGCUACAACGUAAUGCACGCGGCGCCGCGGCCCGGCUACGGCCUGCGCUCCAACACGCUGCCCGCCACCAACGGACAUGGCGACUUCACAUUCAGCGGCAUGGGCGACAAGACGCAUAGCACGGACUUCUCCAGCGGCAAGUCGGACAUUUCUGCCGGGUCCAUUACUGACGUGGACAGAAGUGCUAUGUACACGCAUCCAGGCCACACGGGCGUAGCGCCCGCUCGCGGCGGCGGCGUGCGGCGCUCGCUGCCCAACAUGGCCACCGGACAUCUCCUGCACGAGCCCGCCAAGCUGUACCCCUACCAUCUGCUGCUCAUCACCAACUACCGCCUGCCGCCCGACGUCGACCGCCUCAACCUGGAGAGGCACCUGUCGGACGUGGAGUUCGAGGCGUUCCUGCAGUGCGGGCGGCAGGAGUUCUACCGCCUGCCGCAGUGGCGCCGCAACGAGCUCAAGCGCCGCGCCAGGCUCUUCUAACCGACCACCGUACAGUUCCGUGCAACGUUGCUCCAGUCGCCGUGUGCUAAGAUGAUCAUAAAAAGUUGUAUAAGCUGCCCCUUUUUUAUAAAUGCUAUUUCAAAUUACGCCGCAAUGAGCUCAAGCGACGCGCAAGGUUUUUCUAAACACCUUCAUCUAUGCACGCUUUGAUACAGGUUCAGUGUAAUGUUGCGCCAGUAAUCGCGUGCCAGUAUCAUUUAUCUCUAUUUAUAAAAAUAGAUGUUUCAAAGUGGCGCCGCAACGAUCUCAAGCGGCGCGCGAGGCUCUUUUAAACAUGCAUUCUGGACAUACCCCGUGCAUAAACACCUUGAUACAGUUUCAGUACAAUAACGUUGCUCGGGUCGCCGCGUGUGGGUAGAUCAUAAAAACGGGCACAACCUUCCCUUAACACGAGAGCGCCGAGCGAAAUAGACAACCCGUCUCUCUUUAAUGAAUACAGUUAAAAAAACAGGGGUAAAACAUUAUUUUGAGACUGAUACUUAGGAUCACUCUGCAUGCGGCGAAUGGAGCAAUGUAAUAGAACUAAUUUGCAGACACGUUCACAUUCACAUAUGACCGUAUAAAGAAAAUGAUCAACUUACCGCAAAACAAAUCUAUAUAAAAUGUGUUCUUAGACGUGUAGCAUCUAUAUGUAUUGGCUUUACAAUGUCAAAAUAGAGAAAAAAAAUACCUGCUUAAUUAUUAUUAAUUAACGUGUUUUCAACCGUUAUAGCAGUUCUUUAAUGGCGACUUUGUUUUACAAGUGUAUCAAUGUGUGGUACAAUUUAGUAAAUCGAUAACACAAUCGAUUCUGCGAGCCGACUCGUAUUUUAUUAUAGGACGAAUGAUUUGAUAUUAUCUUUUAAUUCGACGAUAAACUACAAUAUGCAAAAUAUCGCAUAAUUUCGACCGAGUCGUUUUUAACGCAAUAACUUUACUAUUAACGCGACAUCGGUCGAGUGUUUUAUUUAUUAAUUAUAAUAAUGAUAUUAUAAUAACUUUUCACAUAAUAAUAUAUUUGUUUAGUAUGUGUAAGCGUGUGUAUCAGCUCAUAGAGUUUGAUCGAGGCGCCCGGCGCGCCCUCAUUCUGGAUACUUCUAGAACUAUCUAGAACUCGAUAUAUUAGGCUUUGAUUGUAUAAUAUAAUGUAACUUUCGAGAGACAAAUAAAUAAUCAGGAAUUGUUAUUAUACGAGUACAUCAUCGUUCAUCGUAGAUGGCGACUUUAGCGAGGUCUCAACACCACCUAUUGUGUAGCGAUAAUACCUACGCUUAUAAAUCAACGUCAUCUACUAUCCCACAUCAAAAUCGGAACUUUGUAUAAAGAAUAUCAGUCUGUAUUAUUUAAUUGUCUCUGCUUACGACUUGAUUUUGGUCGAGAGUUCAAUUAUUGUAAAGGCGGUUCCAGAGGCGUUUCGACCACUAUUUUUGAAUCACUAAUAUGAAGAAUUGAAUUGAAUAGAAGCAUAAUCUUAGUCAGUGGUGUUAAAACUCCUUUAGAAUCGCCUAUCAAGUGCGAGGUGGCCAUUUUUGACGACAGAAGUAUUGCUCUUCGUUGUGACCAUACCCUAUUACGAAUACAUUUAGAUCAUAAAAUUGUUUUUUUUUAGUUUGCACAUUGCAAAUAAAUAAAUACAAUACAAUACAAUACAAUCAAUAGCUACACGUACUACAGCUAAAUAUUGAAGGCCUGAAUGCCAUAAAAUAUAUUUACCAGUUUUUAUAAAAGUGUAUAUAUACCUACUUCAAGAUUAUUUAAUGAUUUUCUCUUUCAAUUGCAAACUAAGUUUUAAUGACUAAAUUUUUAUUAUAAUACAAAAAAGUUUAGUGAUUUGUAAGUAUUGGUAUAUAUUUGGAUACAAGGAAAUGCAUCCGCGGACGCAAGUUGAGGUCGCGUGGUGGCCACCUCCCGCCCGGCACCGAGUGCCCGCGGCGACGUCGAUGCCUUCACAAAUGGAAAUAAUAUAUAUGCGAGUCUUUAUUUUAGUGAGAACCAAAUAUAUUAUAUGUAAGAUUAUAUUUUCGUUAGUUUUAGUCGGGGACGUAGUGGUAAGCGUACGCUUCGCUAGGAAGUUCUCUAGUUUAUUAUAUUUUAGUGUAGGCGUAGGGUGUCGGCUUGUGCGCUUGUGUGUGUGACGAGGUGCUAUCUUACAGGCGGCGGGCGGCGAGCGAAGAGAGGGAUCCUAAGAGCGUUUUUCCAUUGUCCGAUCCGAUAUCCGAUGUCGGGUAACUCUCGGAGAAAGACAGCGAGAGAGUGCCCCGUGGCAUCAAGUCCUUUUAUUUUUGCAUUAAUGCUUUCUUUUGAACAAUAAACAUUUAUAAAAUGAAAAAAUCAAUAUUAAAAGGCACUUUUUUAAAUUUAACUUCUUUAAGGUCGUAUCCGACAUCCGAUAUAGGCUCGGACAAAGUAAAAGUGCUCUAACGUAUUUUAUUAAUUAUUUAACGUUUGGUAAUCGUGGUAAAGGAAAGUAGCUGAGAAUAUACACUCUCCUACGCUUAGCGUUUUGACGCUAAAGGCAGAGAUGGGUGUAUAUUCUUAGUUCUUUUUUAAAUAUUUCCGCGAUUAGCUCGGGUUAUAAUCAUAUGUAAAAUAACAAUUAUCAUUUUGUUUACUGUAAAAAAACCAACACACCCAUUUUACCAUUGAAAAUAUUCUAUAAAAAUACCUAGUCUAUAAAUAGUAUUUUUACGAAUUGAAUUAAAUAAACACAUUGCAGCUUGUUGAAAUGCUAGGCAGCUUCCUUUUUUACAAUGUUAACUAGUUACAGUAAUACCUCUCCGCAUAAUAUUUAAAUUAAUUCCAAUACAAUUUAAGUCAAAACAUAUCUAAAACACUGAAACUAAACACGGAACGGACACUGAAGUACUGAGGCGACACGUUCCCGAUGUCAGUGUUACAGCGCAACUUGCCUUUAUCAUUAUUAUUUAAUUUAUUUCUAGAUAAUAAAAAUGUGUGUGUGUGUGUGUGUCACAUAGACGCACGACUGGAGUUUACUGCUUACGAACGAUUAUAAAAUAGAUUAAGUAUAAAGUUUAAUAUCAAAACUCCGCAAAUUGGCAGGUGUUAUUUGUUGACAUUGAAUAAAUAAAGUGUUUCCAUGCAGCCGUUGCUAAGGGAUGCACAACAUAACUUGCAAACGCAACGUAACGUAACGUUUGAGUUUACUCCCCAUAAAUUUUCAUGCCCCGGUCAUUUAUACAUGAAAAUCGAUUCUUAAAAUAGUCAACUCCAAUAAACUCCAAAAAAAAUGUGUAUACAUAUUGAUGACCUUGAUACUCCGCGCUGCAGCCCGCCCAGUCGCCGCUACUGCUUUUCGUAUAUUUCCAAAAUAUGUAUUAUGUUCCUAAGAUAGGAUUAUCCCAAUAGUUACCACGCUACGAAUAUGAACCUUAUGUCAACGGUUUAAAAUUCGCAAUCGUAUGGCGACAGUAACUACUGGGAUCAACCCUCAAGGGUCACCCCGCACCUAUCGAUACGCAAUCGGUAAAACCCGAUAGAAAAACCUUCACGUCUACGUAAAAAGACGUAGAGUCAGACCAAGCUAAGUUGGCAGCGAUUUUGACAGCCCAGCAUGUGCAAGUGUUACGUAAACGUCAUAAUUUGAUAGAAGUAUGACGUUGAAAAAAAACACUUGCACUGUCUAGGCUGACUAAAUGGCCGGCAACUUAUUUUGGUUUGACUCCAAAGCUUUUUCUUUCGGCUAUAGCCGAUUCUGCGUCAGUAGGUGUGGGGAGACCCUAAUACAUCUAAAUGAGUGUGUGUGUGAGCCAAAUGUCCUGACGUCAUUGUUGUUAAUUUUAUUGUAGGCAGCUUUCAACGGUUGCGACAUAAUUUAUUUUUAAAAGCGUAAUUUUUUUUUAAUUGACGGCUUGGACGGGACGGCUAGGUAAGGGAUAAGGUUAGAUAGCUUACAAAUUGAAUCGCCUAAUUUUGUUACCAAUUCUUGCGACCGCUGCCGGAAUACCGGUUUUUAUUCCAAUUUUUAUACAUUGUCUUUCGGCACUCACUAUACCUUAGUUUCAAGAAAUAUUAUAUCUGAUUAAUUA